GUAAUUGGCUUCCGAUAAAAGAAGGACGCUACAGAACAACGAGUACAACAGCAUUGACCGUGAAACCGACUAAUGAAGUAAAGUUCUAUGAGAGGUAUUUGGAGAAUGGCGAAUGGAGAGACCAUGAAGUAUCUUUCAACAUCGUCUAGUUUUCAACCAACAUUGCUCAGCAUCUAUCUGAAUAUUAUUAUCUCUAGAUUCUCUACUAUCGUUGUCCGUUGAUGAUGUAGUUGUAUUUGUCUCUCUUUCUCCUUACUUUCACCUUCAUUGUUUCGUGUGUUACUUAAUUGCCUUAUGGUAUCUGUGAUCCGUAAAAAAAGCACUGAGACCACAUAUCAUGAGCUAGUUGGAAUCCAUCGCAUAAAAUAAGCCCAUCUUAUAAGCUUAUCUCAUAUCUCCACCUCACACUGCCACGUCAUGACAGACAGCAUCUGAAACCAACCAAUCACAACGCGUCUCUACAGAUAGUAUGGAGGUUGCUUUUUAGAGCCAUGCACUGCGUUAUCUCAUUUUCUCCCUCUCACCACAUAAAACUAAUACACCUCACAAUUUCUCAAUCGACACAAAGAUAUCAAAAUAAAAAAAAAAGUAAAUCUAAGCCUCUAAUCUUCAUCAUGGCUUCAGUAACCUCAGCCACCGUCGCAAUCCCAUCGUUCACCGGUCUCAAAUCAACAAUCUCCAAACCCUCCGCCGUCGUUAGAAUCCCCACCAAGGCGGCAACAUCAUCAUCGAAGCUCACCGUUAAGUCAUCACUUAAGAGAUUCGGAGUCGCGGCCGUAGCGGCUGCAGCUUCCAUCGCUUUGGCUGGAAACGCCAUGGCGAUAGAUGUUCUCUUGGGAUCAGGAGAGGGAGCGUUAGCUUUCGUUCCCAACGAGUUCACAAUAGCGAAAGGGGAGAAGAUUGUGUUCAAGAACAAUGCUGGAUUCCCACACAAUGUUGUGUUCGAUGAGGAUGAGAUCCCAAGUGGUGUUGACGCGAGCAAGAUCUCCAUGGACGAGCAAGAUCUACUCAACGCUGCCGGAGAGACGUACGAGGUUGCCUUGACUGAGCCUGGGACCUACAGCUUCUAUUGUGCGCCGCAUCAGGGUGCUGGUAUGGUCGGUAAAGUCACCGUUAACUAAAUAAAAUGUGAGUGAAGUGAAAGAGUGUCUCUGAACCAAAGUAGAGGCUUUUCUGUCAGUCUUACAUAAAGGUGUUUUUGUAAUUCUAAAGAGUGUUGAAUCGAAUGGACCCCGUGAUUGUUAUAGUAUGACUGGUUGGUUCUAUAAAUGGUUUUUCUUGGUUUAUAAAUUA